AUGGACGAAACAAACUCCCACUCCCAGCAGAAGCAACAGCAAGAACCUCUCUUUAGUCCCUCGGCUAUUGCUGCCGACAUGCAGAGACGAACGCGCAAGCAAAACAACUUUGACCAGGUCGAGGCCGACCUGCCCGACCCCCAGAAACUCGCCGCCGCCAGCGCCGCCGCCGUUACCAGCCUCACCCCCGGCUUCACAACCCGCCUCAGCCUCGCCGGCGCGCUCAGCUUCCUGGGUCGUCUAAACCCUCUCGGACCGCGCCCGGUAGCCCGCGGCGACGUCGUUUGGCUUCUCGACAACACGGCCUACCGGACCGGCAGCAGCCGCUUCUCAUCGUCGUGGGAGGCCGAGUUCGUCGCCGCCGUCUUCGAGGAGGAGCCGCGCUCGCACCUGGUCGACGCCGUGGCGGGCGUCGCGCGCGUGCUGGGCAUUGCGGACGACGCCGAGGAGCGCAAGACGAUCCAGGCGCGCCUGAUUCCGUUUGUCUGGGACGUGCGCGCGGCCAAGACGGUGACGGUUGCGCAAAAGGGCUCCGGGCGGAGGACAAUCAAGCUAGGUCCCACGGGUUUCAACGGCGUCAGCUCAAACGUGAUGCCCGUCGCGAGCCACUCCAAAGGCGCGAGCGUCGAGGCGACCGCUGGUGGGCUGCCCAGCGGCGUGCCGGGCCUGCUUGGCAUGCAGACCUACUACGCCGGGCCGACUGGCUGGAGCGUCAUCUCAGAUAUCGACGACACCAUCAAAGUCACGACGACCAGCGACCCCAUCGGCAUCCUUCGGGAGACGUUUGUGGAGGAGCCACGUGCCGUGUCCGGUAUGCCAGAACUGUAUAAAUCCAUCGACGGCAUACUCAAGACGGACACGCCGUGGUUCUACCUGUCGGCGUCGCCAUACAACCUGUACCCGUUCCUGCGCGAAUUCCGCGAUGCGCACUACCCGCCCGGGACGCUGAUCCUGCGCGACACGAGCUGGCGGACGAUUGCGGGGCUGCUGGCGGCCCUGACGAUGGGCACCGAGGAGUACAAGGUGGACCGGAUGAAGAAGAUUCACGGCUGGCUGCCCAAACGCAAGAUGAUUGUCAUUGGCGACUCGACGCAGUCGGACCCGGAAGCAUAUGGAGAAAUAUAUCGCACGUUUCCGGGCUGGAUUCGUCUCAUCCUCAUCCGCAAGGCGACCGACACGGCCAUGUUUGGGCUUGGUGAGAAAAACGAGCCGGCGCGGUUCGAGAAGGCGUUCAAAGACAUUCCCAGGGAGGCAUGGCACGUAUUUGAGGACCCCAACGAGUGCGUUGAGAUUGUGCAGGCCAAAGUGAAGCAGGGAUAG